AUGUACAUUAUCUCUUUCUUUGUUAUGUUUUCAUUCUUCUUACAUUCUUCAUCAAACGCUACAAACAUCAUCCCGGAUACUUGCAAAGAAAUUUCAAAGGAUGAUCCAGACGUAACAUAUGGUUUCUGCUUACGGGCACUCGGGUCAAAUCCAAGGAACUCCGAAUCAAAAACAACCUUAACAACAAUUGAUCAACUAGGGUCUAUUUCCUUUAAAUUGGGCAUAUCAAAAGCCAUUGCUACAAAAUCUAGGAUAGAAAAUCUCCUAAAGGAUCCACAUACCGACCCACGUAAUACCCGGGUUUUAAAGCUUUUCUUGGAGCAAUAUUUGGAUGCCCUAAUGGAUUUAGAAGGAGGGAUUAAAGCCUUGCGUGUGAAGGAUUACUUAGAAGCUAAUAAUAGGGCAACUUCUGCCACGAUUUCGGCUUUAACGUGUAAAGAUGAUAGAAAGGCAAAGAAAAGAAUUCCUGGUUUGUAUAAGGAGAAUGAUGACUUCUUUCAAUUGAAUUCCAUUUCCAUUUCUAUUACCAACAUGUUGUUUGAAAGAGAUCAUGGAAAGAUGACCUUUUGA